AUGGCUCAAUCCGUGACGGCCCAAAGCUACUCCUCCCACGAUCCCACGAUCGACAUGGCAGCUCCACCACCUCUCGCCGCCAUGAACCCUCAGCAGCCACCCCGUGUGACUGGAACCACUGCACCAGCCUCCGCCGCCGUCGUACCAUCUCAAGGCCCCAUGGCCGGACUUAGCCACCUUCAUAGCACUACCGUUGAGCAUGGUGGAACCUCACAUCCAGUUGGGCUCACUACCACUGCCGACUUUGGCCCAAUCUUGGAGCAACUUCAACCAUUCCCUCCAUUGCCUCCACGCUCGACGCAUGCUCCCACGCACACAUCCAACGAAACCCUAGCCCGUGGUGAAGAGAGAAGGAUAAACGAACGCGCUGAUAGGCAGUUCGGCGGGAACCAAGCAGGUCAAGCAGGAGUAAGCAGACAAGGAAAUGCGCAACAACGAGAUCAGCUCUCGGACAUGUCGCAAGCAUCCGCAAGCCACACUCAGAGCAGACGAAGUUUCCCAUCCAGAUUGAAUUUAAGGACCAACGUGGGCGAUAGGCUGGGCCCAAGACCUGACAUCCACGCUCGCCUGGGCCAGCAUGAAGACGUUCAUGAAAGGCUAGGCUCCCAGGGAGGUCAACUUGACGGCCAUCGAGACGAGGAUCGAGAAGAAAGGCGCUCCGCUGCUCGCUCACAGAGAAAUAUUCACGAAAGGAUAGGCCCCCAAGGAGGUCAACUCGACAAUCAUCACAAUGAGGACCGUGAAGAAAGGCGCUCCGGUACUCGCUCUCGAAGAACCAAUUCUCGUCGGCAAACUACUGGAAAUCCCUUGCAAGCGCAGUCCACCAACACGCCUCCUAGACAGCGCAACCGAGAAGGUCGACCCACGCAAGCCAAUGAGGAACUCAAUCAACAUCAUCUAACCAUGCGUGCAGAAGACGUUGAAAAGCUUGUGAAUAACCGACUUCGAGACUUAAAGAUUGGCGGAAAUUUCGAAGAUACACUACGCUUGAGGUAG